AUGGCGCUGAGGCUCCCAGGAAUGGGGUCCAUCUUUCUCCUUAGCCUUGGAGUCCUAGUCCUGCUUUUGGCUCUCCCUGCUGAUGCUGGGCUUUCUCAGAAGCAUGUUUCAGACGUCGUUGAUGACAGCAAAGAUAACAUCACCAUUUUCACCCGCAUCUUGGACAGGCUGUUGGAUGGAUACGACAACCGCCUGAGACCUGGACUUGGAGACAGUGUAACCGAAGUCAAGACAGACAUUUACGUGACAAGUUUUGGCCCUGUCUCGGACACAGAUAUGGAAUACACUAUUGAUGUCUUUUUCCGGCAAUCCUGGAGAGAUGAAAGGCUGAAGUUUGAUGGUCCCAUGAAAAUACUUCCCCUGAACAACCUGCUGGCCAGUAAGAUCUGGACUCCUGAUACCUUCUUCCACAAUGGGAAGAAAUCUGUUGCCCAUAACAUGACAACACCCAACAAGCUGCUGCGCCUGGUGGACAAUGGCACUCUCCUGUACACCAUGAGGCUAACAAUUCAUGCAGAGUGCCCUAUGCACCUGGAGGACUUCCCAAUGGAUGUGCAUGCUUGCCCGCUGAAAUUCGGCAGCUAUGCCUACACAAAGACAGAGGUGAUUUACACCUGGACACUGGGGAAGGAUAAAUCAGUGGAAGUUGCAAAGGGUGGAUCUCGCCUGAACCAGUAUGACCUGCUGGGCCAUGUUGUUGGGACAGAGAUGGUCCGAUCCAGCACAGGGGAAUAUGUUGUCAUGACCACACACUUCCACCUCAAGAGGAAGAUUGGGUACUUUGUGAUCCAGACCUACCUACCCUGCAUUAUGACCGUCAUCCUGUCCCAGGUGUCCUUCUGGCUUAACAGGGAGUCUGUUCCUGCCCGGACGGUGUUUG